UCAGAAUUAGAUAUGUUUGAAUGGUCAUCCGGGAUUCGAGUGGCGUAUUGCGUUGAUGCGCCUCUACCAGAAAUUCUUUCUCCAUUCAGAAAAGCUUUUUCUAAAGUGGCCACCAAGUACUGCCACAACAUUACUGCAUGCAACCUCAAGAAACAGCUGGUGUUCGGUCCAGAACACAUUAUGUUCGUUGAAGGCUUCCCAAGGAGAGAAUAUGGAGCAAUCCACAUUAAGUUUUACGUAGUUUUCCCUCAUAACAGUGAAGCAGUCUCGAAGCAACCUCGUCCGUUGCUCCCAAGAGCGGUUUUGUCUGAUAUUAUCUCCAAACAUCUCUCCGAGAUCUCGAACCGUCUUGGCUGGUCCAUAAUCAGUUAUGAAAAGUACCCGAGAUUUGACUCAAUGACGGAAUUCAUGAAUUUUGCCAUUAUUCCUAUCGUGAUAUUCUCAGUGCCUUUAAUGGUUUUUUUGGCGUAUUGGACCUCGUCUUUGAGACCAAACCUGAGCUCAGAGUCGUGGCUUGUAACCGGGGCAACAGGUGGGAAAAACGCAGCACUGAGGAGAACAAUGGAAAUCAUUGCGGAGCAAAAUGCCGAAAUUGAUAGACAAAAUAAAUUAGAGCUAACGAAACAUAUGACUAUCACCGGUGGACACGAUGGAAUUACGUCGACCGGCCAACUUCUUCUCAAUGUAGCAAGGUUGUCUAUGGGUUCAAACCAAACGCAGUCCAUUCGGCCGGCAUCACAUUUGAUUAGCAGUGCCAUGAUUGCUGAAGAUUCAUCGCAUCGAGAAAGCAUAUCGGCUAGUCAGGUGCCUCACAGUCGUCGACAGUCAUCAGUAGAAGAUGUAAAGCAAGCAAGGAGAAUGCGAGGAUCUCGAUCUCAAUCGCAAGCAAAACCAUGGAAAGCUGGAAGUCUUAUGCUUGGUGGCUUUAAUCGUAGGAAUUGA